AAAUACUAAACUCUGUCAAAAACACCAGAAGAAGAGUAAGCUGGACUACUUAAGGGCGCCAAACUCUAAAAAUAUGUAAAUCUUUAUAUUUAACAUCUAUACUCGUUAGGUUUAACAUAUACAAAACAUAUAGUGUUUAUGUUUAACGUUCGCUUUUUACCUCCUGACUGAGAGCCUGACCAUCUCAGCGGGUGCUGACAAUUCAGAACCAUGCCUCUGUCAACUCAGUCCCAAGCAGACGCUGACCAGUACAUUCUGAUAGCCAGUUUGGAUAAUGCAAGGAAUCUGUCCAACAUCCUGAAAGCCAUCUCUUUAAGGGACCAUGCUAUCUUCAAUGCAACACAGAAUGGGUUAAAAGUCACUGUUGAGGACUCCAAAUGCCUUCAAGCCAAUGCAUUCAUUCAGGCUGAAAUCUUUCAAGAGUACAUAAUCAAAGAGGAUGCAGUUGGGUUUCAGGUUAAUUUAACUGUUCUUCUGGACUGCCUCACCAUAUUUGGGGGAAGCACAGUCCCAGGUGUGUGCACUGCCUUGAGAAUGUGCUACAAUGGCUACGGAUAUCCGCUGACUCUGUUCCUGGAGGAAGGUGGUGUGGUCACCGUAUGCAAGAUUAAUACACAGGAGCCGGAGGAGCCCAUAGACUUUGACUUUUGCAGCACAAAUGUAACCAACAAGGUGAUUCUGCAGUCAGAGAGUCUUAAAGAGGCUUUCUCUGAGCUUGACAUGACCAGUGAGGUUCUGCAGAUUACUAUGUCACCAAGCCAUCCUUACUUCAGAUUAUCCACAUUUGGGAAUUCUGGAAACGCUCAUUAUGAUUAUCCCAAAGACUCAGACAUGAUGGAGCUGUUCCAGUGUACUAAAAUACAGACCAACAGGUAUAAGAUGUCCCUGUUGAAACCCUCUACAAAGGCCUUGGCUCUGUCCUGUAAAGUCUCGGUGAGAACUGACAGUCGAGGCUUCCUCUCUCUACAGUACCUUGUGAGGAAUGAUGACGGUCAGAUUUGUUUUGUGGAAUAUUAUUGCUGUCCGGAUGAAGAAGUGGAAGAAGAAUAGACUGGAAAGAGCGACUGUUUUUGUUUUGUUUGACAUUUAGUGUGCAGUGCACUGACCUGAUGGUUCCUUAAUCUGAUUCUGAUUUUAGUUUAUAUCAAUAUUUCAUGAACAACACAUAUUUGAAGAGUUCAGAUGCAGAGCCUCUAAGUGCCAUCUGAAAUGUGCUUCUAAAAUGAGCAUUUUUAUCAGGCUCCUAUGUUUAGGUUCAGUAAUUUUACUUUAAUUGCAAUGUAUAGGUCCUUUUCUAUUCCAUUAAAGUGAAAUAACUUAACAUAAAUAUAGGAUCCUGAUAAAAAUUCUAAUUUAAAUGACGAUUUCUAGCCUUCAAAAUUCGUAGAGUUUAUUAGAAGGUUAUAAUAAAAAACAACAACUAGUUUUUGUAUUGAAUUUGAGACAGUACUCUGUGUGAUCGGCAGGGGGCGGCAGAGAAAAGCUAAUUAGGCGACUGCAUAUAAUAUUAUUAAGAGCCCAGUAUUGGUUUGUUAAAGAUACACAGGUUAGUUUAAGCCGUUAUGCUGUUUUAUUUAAUAUACGACUAAAAGCUUUUAUAUAUAUAUAUAUAUAUAUAUAUAUAUAUAUAUAUAUAUAUAUAUAUAUAUAUAUAUAUAUAUAUAUAUAUAUAUAUAUAUAUAUAGACAAAUAUAAUGUCAUAAGUCGGUUUAUAACAACACUCGUAAUAUUUACAUUGUUGUACAGUUAAAGCUGUUGUCUGAAACAUCUAAAUGUUUAAUGCGUGUUCUUUUUAUUACACGAGUGCGUUGCGAGGCAAACAUGUAGUUAUGUAGUUGAGCAAGGCAGCUUGAUGUUGAUGCUGGCUGACGCACGCACUUCUAGAAGAAAGUCCCAGAACAGCGCGCGAUGCUUGAACUGCCGCCUCGCGACCAAUCGCUUCUCCACUCGCGGCUGUCGAGGCAACACUGUUUCCGGGCAGAGGAACAUUACAGGAGCAAAACAAGCGCACUUCUGUCACUCUCUCAUCUCAGCGGGUUACCACUGCCACAGGCAAGCUGCUUAAAGAGGCGGCAGCAAAGCCCGCCAAAGUUCUCAUUCAAUAGCGUUAAACAUAUUUUGGACAAAUUGUAGAAAGCUUUGGUCUAAUUUGAAUAGUAUUUCCUUAUAGAUGAGAAGGAAGAAGAUUGUUUGAAUCCUUAGUUCGCUUCUAGUUUGUUCUGAACAAGGGGGCUGAAAGGCUCAUUUAAAUAUUUUGUUACUUUUAUUGAAUUCAUGCAGCAACUUCGUUUGAGUGAAAAUAGUUUAAAAAAAAUAAAAUAUAAAGGCAUCAGGUCUGUGCAGUGUCAGAGUGUUUAUUAUUCUGCAUGUAGUCAAUGGACAGUGUACAUCUUUGGAGCUAAAUUAUCACUGAAAAGGUCAGUAAGAUUAAAAAAAAAAGUAUGCAUUAAAUUGAUCACAUCCUAUGCAACAAACCCA